AUGAACAAAUUUCCUGAACCCUUCGUCGCUUCUGCAUUUCCCACCGCUCUCCCCUCCCCCAUUACUUAUUCGUCCAGAGCUGCCACAAAGCGUGCGCAGCUCACAUUCACGACGUCGUCCACCAAGCGCCGCAAGAUUGUUGAAGAGCCUCGCCGACCGAACAACAGUGCCUCGGGGGCCAGGCACGCUGACGCGGAGGAUAGACGUCAGCAGCAGCAGCAGCAGCAGCGUCGCAGCCACCACCGCUCCAACACCAAGGGCCAGGAUAACAACAACAACAACAACAAAGACACGGACGUUGGCCGUCGUCCCAUCAGACAGCCCUCCCAGCGAGACGAUCCCUCGCGCUCGCCCUCUCCGUCUCUGUCAAGCUCAACGUUGUCGGCGCCCCCUUCGUUGCCACACCAGCCCGCCUUGACGCUGGCAUCGUCAAACACUCCCCGGUCAUCGGGCUCGUCACCACGCUACGUACCUGCGCAUCUGCAAGACGAAGUACUCGGCGUUGCCAGUUCCCGUGCUUCGACUCCUGCCGGCCACGCAGAUUCCCCGUCUGCGGCUUACGCAGGGCUCACGCUGGACAGUGACCCGACGACCGAUAUGUCAAGCUCAGAAAAGUCCUCCAGAAACUUUCCCCAGCAAGAAGACCAGCGCGACGUUCGAUCGUCGUCUCCCGCCGUCAAACGCCGCAUGUCCCAGCUCAACCAGAACGAUCAAUCCUCGGACGACAUAGAAAUGGAUAAUACCGGAGCAUCCGACAACCAUUCAGACGCGGGCACUUCACGCCCGGCCCAGAGAAGAGCAACUUCUGUGGACAUGAUAGGAGGCGACGGAGACGCCGAAAUGGCCGAUGCCGUCGACAACUCUCCCGACUCGGUUUAUCCUACUCCUUCUAGUAUGUCGACAUACAAUAGCUCCGCGUCAACCAAGGAAGGCGCCAAAAUGCACACAACUGGCUCCGAGGCAGUGCUUCCAUCUAUCGACGAGCAGGUCCAGCGGGUCCUAGAGUUGGCUCAGAAAUUCCCCGAGGACAAACAGAAAGGUUACGUUCUGUCGUACAACUGGCUCAAUCGAGUAUUAGCUCGUAGCUCGAAGGAGGGCGGUACUAAACCCAUCGACAAGAAGUUUGCCGAGGGAGAAAUUGGACCCGUUGAUAAUUCAGAUAUCAUUCUCGACACAGAUCCCACCAGCAUCUUUCAGGAUGAGGCAGGAGAACCAUUCGUUCCUUUACGUCCCGGUCUACAGAUGAACGAAGAUUUUGAGAUUGUUCCCCAAGCUGCAUGGGACCUGAUUAUGAAAUGGUACGGCCUAGCCGAGCAAUCACCAGCCAUUGUCCGUUACGCACAUAACACCAGCGAGGGCGAUGCCACUAAUAUCCAGUAUGAAAUAUCUCCGCCCAUUUACACAGUACACAAACUGCCCGGUGCUAGCGGUGGAAUCUCUCAUCAUGCAUUGAGGGACAAGAAUGCAGCUCCCGUCAAGUUUCUUGCUAGCAGACAGACCAACUUCCAAAAGUGGCUAAAGAAGGCUAAGGAGCUUGCCCACAUCGAUAUGGCAACUAAAGUUCGCGUGUGGAGGGUUCUGGAUGGAUUGAGUAGUACCCAAACAUCCGGUGUCAUCACGCCAGCGCAUUCCAGGAGCAAUUCCCCUGCCCCAGGGGCGACGCUGGUGGCUAAUGCUGGCAACAGUCUUGUGUUGGAUGUCAAUACGUUUUCUUCUCUGUCCGAUACGCACCGCGAGCUUAUUGAGGAGGCGAAGGACCAAACAAACAACGAUAAAUAUAAUGGCAAGUCGACAGUCGAUCAUUUUGGGCUCGGUGAUAAUGCCGUUGUGGUAUUAGAGGAACAGAUCGGCGGUCCUGGUGGCGGUGAAUGGGUUUCUGACGCUUCAAAAUCCACUCUCAACCGCCUUUCUGUACCUGCGUCCAAUAGAGCUGCUGGCGCUGGCAAAAUCAAAUCUAAAGCCAUUACUACCAGCGGCCGGGCAACUCCUAUUUCCGAACCGAUUCGAGGGCGUAGGAAGGACGACCGACCCAGGGGCAACACAGGAUUUACAAAUCUUGGAAACACAUGCUAUAUGGCCUCCGCACUGCAAUGUGUGCGCAGUGUCGCAGAGUUGAGUUACUAUUUUUUGAACGGCUACUACAAGAAGGACUUAAAUCCAAGCAACCCUCUAUCACAUAACGGUGAUGUGGCUAAAGCCUAUGCUAAUUUAUUGCACGCCGUUUACGAUGAGGGACCGGCAUCAUUCUCACCGAAACAAUUCAAGCAUACGAUUGGCCGGUAUGGACCUGCGUUUUCUGGUUACGGCCAACAGGACUCUCAAGAGUUUCUCCUCUUCCUUCUCGAUGGUCUCCAGGAAGAUCUGAACAGAAUUCAGAAAAAACCGUAUAUCGAGAAACCAGAUUCUACCGAUGAGAUGGUACACGAUCACGCUGCUUUGAAAGGAUUUGCUGACAGAUGCUGGGAGAUUUACAAAGCCCGCAAUGACUCCGUGAUUACAGAUUUAUUCGCAGGAAUGUAUAAAUCAACUCUUGUUUGCCCUGAGUGCGAUAAAGUCAGCAUCAUUUUUGAUCCUUUCAAUAACCUGACCCUGCAGCUUCCUGUUGAGAACUUGUGGUCAAAGGACAUCUUUUUUUUCCCGCUGCAUAAGCCACCGGUAUUGAUUGAUGCUGAACUUGACAAGAAUGCAAGUAUCAAGGCACUGAAGGAGCUUGUGGCAAAAAAGACUGGCACGGAUCCUCAGAAACUGGUCAUGGCUGAGAUCUACAAGCACAAGUUCUACAAACUGUUCGACAAUGCCAGUACCAUCGCAGAUAGCAAUAUUCAAGCUUCGGAUGACAUCGGUAUCUUCGAAGUUGAAACGGUUCCUACCAAUUACAAUCCGGAUAGACCCAAAAAAUCAUUAUAUUCCAUGCCCAUGUCUUUCAGUAGCAUGGAUCACGAAGAUGUUCCAAACAUUGAUUCUCCCCGAGCUGAUCGGCUUCUUGUGCCCGUCUUCAAUCACGUUCAACGAUCGCUAGGUCGUAAUGGGCUACGGCAGCUUUUUGGAGCCCCAUCAUUCAUUGUUGUGAAUCGGGAAGAAGCCCGUGAUUAUGAUGCCAUCCUGAACAAGGUGCUGCAGGUUACGGCUACCUUAACAACUCGUGAUUUCCUUCACGAAGGCAGCGGUGACGGCGAGGCUCCCCAGGACGACAACACAGAUUCCGACGCAGUGAUUAUGAAUGAGGAUGACCUCGACUCGGAUCCCAAAGUCAAAGAUGCUUCGGUUGAGGGUGAGGAAGGGCUUGUUGACGUAUCCAUGGAAGAUGCCGGUGAUUCGACGGCGCAGUCUGAAGAUGCGUCUAAGCAAGCGACCAAGUCUUCUCCUCCAUUGCGCUUCCGUAACCUCUUCGAGAUGAAACUCAUCAGAUCCAAGAAUGAAGUUAUUCCCUUAGGGUUCUCGGCGUUGGAUGAACAUUCAAACUAUCAAUCUAUCUCGUCGCGAAAACCGAAGCCAAAAGCAAAGUCAAAGACUUCUGCACGGAAAGCACAACGUACAAGUGCAAGCAAGGAGAGUCCAGAUAGCCCAGUUAGCAGCGAAGAUGAGAUAAACAGUAUUCAAAAAGCCAGUACACAGAAGCCAUCUCGCACUAGCAUAUCGUCUAACGAAUCUGGACGACUGGCAAACGACGGAGCAACUGAUUCUGAUGAUGAACUUGGCGUUAUUUCUACGCAUUCAAAUGAAAAGUCUUCUAAUCGUGCUAAGAAGCAGGAUAUAAUAUAUCUUUAUCCUGGGGAAGGUAUCGUUCUUGACUGGAAUGAGACCAGCCACGAUGGAAUGUUUGGUGCCGACCCCAAGGAUCGCAACGAAUUGCGCGGCUCUCCGACAUGGACAAACGUCGAGCAUCUGCCCGAUCCAGAACUAGCAAAAAAGCGAGCACAGCGGGCAAGUCGCAGAAAGAGGGGACUCACAUUGGAUCAGUGUCUUGAUGAAUUUGGCCGCGAGGAGAUUUUGUCUGAGAAUGACGCGUGGUAUUGCCCGCGUUGUAAAGAACAUCGCCGAGCCAGUAAAAAGUUCGAACUUUGGAAGACACCGGAUAUUUUGGUCAUCCAUCUCAAGCGAUUUAGUGCCAGUCGAGGAUUCAGAGACAAGAUCGAUGAACUGGUUGAUUUCCCCAUUGAGGGACUCGAUCUUAAUGGCCGGGUUGAAUCAGCGGAGCCAGGUGAAAGUCUUAUCUAUGAUCUUUUUGCGGUGGAUAAUCAUUACGGUGGUCUUGGUGGUGGGCAUUACACGGCUUAUGCUAAGAACUUUUUGACGGACGAGUGGAAUGAAUACAAUGAUUCCCACGUGUCCAAGGCUAUCAACCCCUCCAAGGUCAUCUCCACGGCUGCCUAUCUUUUAUUUUACCGGCGGCGGUCAGAAACCCCCCUUGGUGGUAAGUUAUUACAGGAAAUCACGGAGGCUUCAACGCGAGCCGAUUCGGAAGACAACCAAGAUGACUCACGCACUGGUUCCCCGUCGGGGGAAGGCAGGCGCCUCGUCGACUCCUCCCGCAAUGGGUCUACGAGCGCCUUAGCAGCAGUCGGAGCAGUUCACCAAGCGGGAGAUGGUGGUUUGCCAGCCGGGCUGCAAGUGAGGAGCGUGGAGGUUGAUUCGAGCGGAGGAGAGGACAAUGAACUGCCGCCUUAUCAGAAAUAUAACCACCACCACCACCAACAACAACAACAGGCAAAGUUCUCUCUCACCGACCGACCGGCUUGGUCUUUUGAUAAUAUAUCCGGACCCCCGGUUUCGGAUGACGAUGGCCUGUUUGAUGAUGAUGAUGAUGAUGAUAACGAUAGCAAUAAAGCAGUUGGCGGAGGUGAUAUGAGUGACCUGGAACAACAUUUCGGCGGCGAGGCAGGCGAUGGUGGCCGCACCAAUUUCCACUCCAUCACGGAGGACACUGGUGCUGCCAGUGACGGCGAUGAAGAUCUGCCUGUUGUAGAGCUCCGAGUGAAUGAAGACGAUCGACUCAUCUCUGAAUAA